AAAAGGUUUGAAACAAUACAGCCACUUGUUCUGUGGUCGUUUUCUCAACUUAAAGUUCUAUAACUCUUUCAGUUUCACUUUUUUUUUUUUUCUCGUUCCAUUUGAAAGUUCAUUGUUACAACCAAUUUACUUUUUGCCUUUCUUAAUUGGCUUUUAGAAGUGCUCAUGCUGGUCAGUUGAAGGACUGCACUUAGGGUAGAAGAUAGCAUUAAAAACUUCUACUGGUCACUUAAGUGCUGGACCAGUGCAUACAUAGCCAAUACAAUUAUAGUCUUAAGCUAAAAGCAUUUUUGUUUCUUUAGUUUUUUAUGUUUUAAAGCCUUUGUUUCAGAUUGAUAAGUUGCUUGUGUUUUAGUUCAUUGUAUUUGCCUUUGUUUAUAAAAUAGAUGCUAAAAUGUGUUCAUAGAGAAAAUGUCCAACUCUUGUUUAUUAUAGAGUGUAUAUGAAGGAGCGUCUUUUCCCAAGGUAACAUUAUCUUCACUGAGUGCUCACUUUGUCCUAAAUAGUCAUAUUGGCCAAAAAAUGACUCCAGCUGUAUAUCACAGCUUUUAUCCAGAUCACACUUUUGAUCUUUUGACUUAUAUCUAAUGUCUUAGUUGUAGUAACAGUACUUUAUUUCCCACAAGAAUCAUUCAGGUGGAAGGGGUAAAAAAAUUACAUUUAUCUUAAAUUUAGUUCAAAAUCUUUUAAAGUAAAAAAUGACUGUAAAAAGUAGAAGAAAAGAAAAAUGUUGGUAUUGAAUGGUUUUGAUUUGUUUUAAAGAUAGACGUGAAAUGAAAAGUUAAGGUUAAUUUUAAAUUAGUUUUUCUUGGUAUAAACCUGUGCAGUCCUGAACACCAAGCAUUGGGUUUUUAAAUAUCUUUUUAUGUCAUUUAUUCCCUUUAAAAAAAAAAGAACUUACCAUUAGUUUAGAUCUGAAAUCAACAAAACAACAGAGUGGUUAGUGAGUGUUGGGAAGGGUUUUGUUCUUGUCUAUGUCUUGUUCAACUCCUUUAGCCACAUCUCUUCUUCUCUCCUUUCUGACAGCUACGCGUAAUCAGAGCAUUUAGGAGUAUGUUGGAGGACUUGGAAGACAAGCGUAGCGUCAACAGCUACCACAGUUUUCACAGUCUACGACUGUCGCGCAGUCACCAUGGCCCGCGCAAUUUCGGGGAUGAGCUAAGCUCUCGCUAUGAGUCACACUUUCUUCGAACCACCUCAGCCUCUGGUCACACCCACUCCCUGGUCCCAGGGUUUCGGGGCACUGGUCGCAGUAAUAGUGCACGGUAUUACAGCACCAGCCCAUCCAUCACAUACCCUAACCUCCAAUUAAAAAGUCAUUCCUAUGAAAAUGUGCCCCUGGUCUCCCAUCAAGGUUACACUAUGGACAUCCCAGCUAACCUCAUUGGUCCAAUAACGCCGCCUAGGAAAUCUAAAACUCUCAGUCAUUCUGACAUUUCCCAACAAUCUGAAACUGCUAUAUGAUACACAAUAUUUACAAAAAAAAAAAAAAAACAACUUUUUUACAAUGAAUUCUUUAGCGAAAACUUUUAUGAUUGAUUAAAAAAAAUUGUUUCCAGAUAUUUUAGUUUGUCAUUUGUAAGUAGUUGCCUUGACUACUGCUGUAAUACAUUUGUCUGUUGACCAGAUGCAGGAAGUUGAUGCAGUAAUUCAUCAGCUGUUCUCAUUUCCACAUUUUGUAUUUUUAUGUAGCAUUAAAAUGUUCUGUCAAACUUUCCAUUUUCUUUUAUCAGUUACUUAGAUGAUUAGUAGAUCUCUCUCUAUAUAUAUAUCAAUGAAACUGCUAAAACUGCAGAUCAUCCAAGUUUCUUUCUCUCCUCUUUCCAAAGUUCUUCCAUCCACUUGUCCUCUCACUUUCAAUUUGUUUGUUGUUGAAGAUUGUAUUCUCCUUGUUUUCUAACC